UUUUAACCGUCGUGAAAAUCUUCUCCCGAAUUUCUGUCAUGGCGGCCUCCGUAAAAUGAAAAAAUUUGUAGUUUUCUCGAAUGUUUUACCAUUUUCUAAAGAACUCACAGGCUACCAAGGCAUUCUAAACGGAUAGAAAAUGAGUACCUUUAUGGGGUUGAUGAAGGAGUACUGUAGUUUGUCCAUUGAUAGAUUUGAUGGCGAGAAUUUGCGGUCAACGGCGUUCUUCCUCUCCCAUUGUCACCAGGAUCAUAUGAAUGGUUUGACAUCCUCUAUGUUCAGCUAUCAUCUGGGGUCAAGUAUCAAGUAUCGUCUUUACUGCUCAGACAUCACAAAAGUUCUGCUGGAAACUGACACAAGAUAUGUCCAUCUUCAAAAACACCUGACUGUUUUGCCAAUUAAUCAGCCUACAACUAUACAAGUGCCGGACAAGGUCACUGGAAAGGAUGAGCUAAUAACAGUCACGCUGAUACCAGCUGGUCAUUGCCUAGGAUCUGUCAUGUUCCUGUUUGAGGGCAAUGAAGGGACGGUUCUUUACACUGGAGAUUUCAGGCUGCCUCAAGGCGGACCAGCUAGGAUAUCACCACUCAUGUCAGGAGCAAGUCCAAAACUACUAAAAAGUCUUUACAUCGACACAACGUUCUGUAUCCUGAAGGCGCGCCAUAUCCCAAGCCGGGAGGAGAGUGCUGAUGCGAUUGUCACGCUGGUCGAGGGCUGGAUCCACCAGAGUGACCGACAUGUUGUUAAACUGAUUACAAAAGCGGCCUACAGCUAUGAGCACCUGUAUGAAGUCUUAUACAAGAAGUUUGGAAAAAAGGUGCAUGUGACUGACCAGCGCUACAGACAGUACCAACUAAUCCCAGGUUUAAGCGAUUGUACAACCACAGAUCCAACGGCACAGAUACAUGCCUGUGGAUGGAAGCAUGAAAAAGUUUCCAAAGGGCCGCUCGCGUGCGGUUAUCGGCCACCAAAUGGAGAGGAGCUGAAACUGAUGGUCAUUCAGCCGUCAACGAUGUGGUUCACGCAGCACGUGGGAAUGGCGGACAUCGUCAAAGAGCUGGCGUCCAAAUAUCGUGUGUGCUACUGCUUUCACCCGUCUUACUCUGAGAUACAAGAGUUUGUUGGGUUUUUCCGGCCGGAGCAGGUGUUCCCCAAUGUCAGGCCUCUUGGGAACUCUCUGAAGGAGGUUCAAUUAACGUUAGACACGUUCCGAACCAGUGGUUGUGAGGAGGCGUCUGCUGGUGGUGAUAAUCAGCUCACCCCGGUCAAGAAGUCCCUCGGAAAGCUUAAGACAUUAAAAAGGAAGAAAAUACAAUGUUCACCUGGUGAGUCGGAGGGCCUCCUGUUUGACGAUGAUGAGGUCAUUCCCAAGAAACGACGAAAACCAUCAGAAAACCACAAGACAGAAACGGAAGCGAAAAUGGAAAAUGCUCAGGACGGCAACGAAAAUAGUGAUGCGGAGAGUUACCACACUAACUCAUAUAAAGGAAGCGAUAACGAGGAGGGGGAUAUUUUGGAGAGUGGGGACGAGGCUGGACCGCCAGAUGCAUCUGCGCCCCCUAGUGGGUCACUUCUGUCCUACAUUAGUGACGAUGAGGGGUUAGAAAACGAUGAAUUGAGCAAAGACUUGUCGCAAAAUUCUGUGAAAUCUGCUGGAUUUUCACAGAGUGCUGACAUGUUUGAUGAUGACUUAGAAGCAGAUCCAUGUGAUUUGUCGGAAAAUAAGAAUGCCGCAAAAACUGAUAUGUUGGUAGACAUUUCUGCUGCUGAUGUUGAUGAUGAUUUGAAUUGUGUUGGUAAAAGUAAUGGUGCUGCGAUGGAUGAAUUGAAAAAUAUUUUUGAUUUGGGUGACAGUAAUCCAGGAGGCUUAUUUGAUGAAGUCGAGGAGGUGAAUAUGAGUGCAGAACUUGCUGAUUCGGGUGACAGUAUUAAAGAUGAUAUGAAAGCUGACAGUAUUGAGCUGACGGCGGGUUUACUGGACCAAACGGGUGAGGCAGUAACGAAUGUGGUGGGUAUUGCAAAGGAUGCGGAGGAAAACGCAAAAGUUGGUGAGAUAAGUGAUGCGGAAGACUGUGACACUGAGUCGUUACGGAAACCUCCCUCAGAACGAAAAAGCGCCAGUCCUCAAAAUACGCUUGAGGCAAGUGGCGAUCAUGGUGAGGUGAUUGAUACUGAUGCCACGACCAUUUGUAGUCAGCCGUUUUCACAAAGUGUCAUCAGCGAUGGGGAUGUUGAAGAAAUCGACAGGAGUGCCAGUAGCACCACUAGUGCCAUGAAUUUAAACCAAAGAACUGCACGAAAGUCAACGAAUGGCUCCUGCCAGAUUAUCACACAUAUCUUGCAGUCUGGGUUUCAGCAGGUUAUUAAUCCACGCAAUGUGCGAUCCGGGCCGGAAAUCAUAGAAAUCGUUGAUCUCACUGCCGAUGAUUCUGAUGAAUCGGACUCAGAAAUGGUCCCUGAGGAAUUGAGUGACAGUUCCAUUAUGGAAUACGGCGAAUGUUCCGAUGAUUACGAAGGAGACGAGUCGGAUGGCGAUCCUUGCGUAGAAUUAGAUAGCGAGGAUGAUUAUUCAUACUUCCGACAAGCUCAUGCGGAAAUUCUCGAUUCAGAGGAUGAUGAGAAUUGUGUGGAGUUUGACGAGGAUGACGACACAGGUGAGGUGAUCAUCGUUGGUGACACAGACGAUAGCAGCGCUGUCGAAAACAUAGACUUGAUGGGUGAAGCGCGGCAGAUUGCUAGAGUGCGGCCCAUGCAAAGUCGGCAACAUGCCUCUGUCGUGCAAGGAGGAGAGAGUUUAUCAAGUUCGGAUGUUGAUAUCAUCCAUGAGCAGCAUGAGAGAGAUAGUGAUAGUGACUUUAUGUUAGAGGAAGAUACUCCCCACUUGGUCACUAUAGACGAUGGGGUCGGCCAUUUUGAAGAUAGCGUUGUGAAUCUUGACGACAGUGUUGUGGAUUUAGACAGUAGCGCUCUCGAUAUCGACAAUGGUGUCAAAAAUGUAGAGAGUAGUAUAGCAGUAGUAGAUACUGGAAAAGCUGAGCACGAUUGCAAAGUGACAGACAAUGAACGUGAUCAAGACGCCAGUGUUGUUGUCCCAGAUGGAAUUCUUGGUGCCGGGUCUCAGGAUCUAUUCUCGUCUGACCCUGGCGAUCACCUGUUGCAUUCAGAUACAGAAGCAGCAGACAAUGCAAAGAUACUUGUUGCUGAUGAAGAACAAGAAAAUGAUGCAGAUGGUCACGAGUCGUGUACGCAUGCGGUUGAGGCCCAGUUGCACGACUCUGAUAACGAUUUGGGGAAAGAGGAUGAGGACAAACUCCUAGAUUCAGAUAAUGAGGAACAUUCGGGGGAAGUUAUAGCUGAUGAUGCUUUAUUGAAUCACGGUGUCCCAGAACAACCUGAAGAGACUAAAACUGAUGAGGAACUCCUUGGCCCCACAAAGAUACCGGCUGAAUCGCCUGAUGGUGACCCCUCCGAAGGCCUCGAUGUGGAUCAUUUGCUGUUCUCUGAUCCAGAGGACAGUAAAACAAAUGACGCUGAUCUUGAUCCAAAACUUUUGGAUUAGUGAAUAAAAUAGUCCUCCUCUACUGGUAUUAAGGCUCGAUUCCACGUGAGUGGUUUACCUUUCCCCUUUAACGGGCCUACUGGUCAGUGACAAUUGCUGAGCAAAUGACGUAUAUCCAAAUAAAUCCUAGGCCUGUGAAAACUGUGCGACACUGCUGUAGUGUAAACAGGCCUUUACGGGUAACUAGAGCAGAGUAGUAGUAUUUUCUAUGUCAGAUCAGUCUAUUACAUAAAACCCUGAAAAAUACCUGGAAGUCAGAAUGGUGUUACUGUGUUGAAUGAGUCUGUUCCCUCAUCACCCUGAAGAUGGUGUUUGUGUUGCUUUAAUGUUAGGGCCUCAAAGGGACAAUAUAGACAGCAGCUAGGCAGGCAAGAUAAAGUUACACAAAGUCACCAAUAGGGGUCUCUCACAGUACGUGGAAAUGAUUCACGAUUGUCAGGGGAAUAUAUUUAGUGCUGAGUCUGCAUGACCAAGGCCCCUUACUGUGUAUACUAGUCACUUGAAGAUGGCCAAAUUAGCCCCUCUCCUCCUGCCUAUAAUCCCCCUUUAAAAUAGAGGGCUAAUAAGCAGCUGGAGGGGUUGAUUUUGGCCAAAAAAAGUGACAUAGGUCAACGUCAGAUGGCGCUGAAAAUAAUAAAAACUUAUGAACAAUGAUGAAAUUAGAGUUUUGUUUUGCCCAAAUGAAUUGAAAUGCAAAAAUAUUGGUGUCCCAUAAAGCGUUUACACUUGUUCUACCCCAGAAUUGCUUAUUUUGGCUUUUCUUUGUUAUCUUAAAUAUUUUCUUUGUGAUUUUGCACACAUAUAAAUCACAACCAGAAACAUAAAUGAAAUAUAAGGAAUACAUUUUAUUUGUUAUUUUCUCAAAGAAUUAUUUAGUCACUUUUUCCGGUAUUGUAUAUUUUUUCUACUGGUGUAUUUCACUCUGUCUGUGUAUAAAGUUAUACAGAAAUGCAUUCUAAACGAAGUUGUUUUCUGUCAACUUGGACAUUUUCAAGGUCGUUAUGCCCACCCCAUAUAUAUUGUAUUGUUAAUUAAAGUGAUCAGAUUAUGAAUUCAAACAUCGCAUUUGAAGGAGCUAAAUUUUGUGAAUAUAUCAUUAUUGACAUUAACAUGAUUCAUUUGUUGUAUGCGUAACUGAUUGAUAAAUGGGAAAUGUUAUACAAUCUGACUUAGUUUCGAGCUCAUGUGAUGUUCAGUUUCAAGUACCCCAUUUUUACAGAUAUUUCUUGACUGGCUCCCUUUAAGAAAAAUGAAUAGUCCGGAUGCGAAUCAUACUUGCAGAGAUUUAUUAGCAGAAUGUUUUUGUCCAUCCGAAACCGUCUAGAAUCACAACGAGAGGAUUUAUCAUUGUUUAUAUGUAAAAUAUGUAAGUAUUAUGUUUGUGGAAUGAAUUAAUGUUCUUUAAGAUUGAUUUAUUGGAUAUUUGGAAUUUUUAAGAGUAAGAGGUUGCCUUUUAUUGUUUUGAUUUAAGAACAAUUUUCAAACUGAGCCAAAUGUUGCGUUGAGUGUGUUGCUAUUGUACAUGUACAUACUUGUUAUCAAAAUGAGCAAAAAGUUUGCUGAAGGGAUUUGAGCAAAGUAGCAACAGUUCAUUCCAGCAUGCUGAUGACUACAGGAAGCAUGUCUGUUUUGGACUUGCGAUGUCAGUUAACUGUAAAUGUUGGAGAUAUGAUAUUUUUUUGCUCAAAUGCAAACCUGGAAUUGUCAAGGUGUAGGACAGAGUUGGUUUGUGCCUGUCACACAGGAUUUUGCUGUCUGACAUGUAAUGGAUUAAGUUAACUUCUGAAAUAUUUCUCACAUGUGGUGGGUCCAAGUGAGAGCAAAUGCUUACAGUGAUUCCUCGAAAUUAACAACUUCCACAAAUAUGUACUAAAUGGAGGCACCUUUACAAAGUGCUUUAGUCUCACACCCUAGAUGAAUGGCUGUUCAGAAGGCUUGAUUCUGGUGUUUGCUCGAGCAUCAUAUGAGUUAAAAAUUGAGAAACGAUAGUGAAAUUGCACGAGCUUAGGUACGAGGUCAAGUGUACUGCUACAUUUUAUAAAUAAAGCAGUGGGAAUGAGUCGCAUGCACUCCAACCUGUAAUAUUCUUCUGGAAGUUUACCUCAUUAUUGAUUGUGGAUUUUCGUUUUAAUGAUAUUUCACAAAAAUAAA